AUGGAUGAUGAAAAUAAAGUUAAAUUCACUGCUCAAGAUUUAUAUGAUAAGAAAGCAGACAAAACAGAGCUUCAAACAUUAAAGACUGAAAUACUUCAAACAUUAUAUCCUGUUGGUUCUAUUUAUACGUCAAUGAACUCAACAAAUCCAGAAACAGUUUUAGGUUUUGGUACGUGGAAGCAGAUUGUAGAUAAAUUCUUAUACUGUGCUAGAUAUUCAAAGCAAACAGGGGGUUCGAAGAAAAUUAAAGAAGCAAACCUUCCACCGCACACUCAUACAGGAACGACAAACACAACAGGAAAUCAUUCACAUUCAAUAACAAAAAGAGGUUAUACAAAUCUUGCAGCGGGUUCGGAUAGAUGGGGAAUGAAUAGAUAUGAUAUCACAACUGACCCAGUAGAUUCAAGCACAGGUAUUUUCUGUGGAACCGCAGGUAAUCAUUCACACACUUUCACAACAAAUCCAACAGGCUCGGGUAAAGAUUACAUGCCACCAUUUGUGACUAUAUUCGCAUGGUUCAGAGCUGCUUAA